AUGUCCGGCAAAGCUUCCGGUAACUAUGCAACUCACCCUUUAGUAAUUGCAGACAUAGACCACUACAAGAAGGAAGCAGUUAGCCAGGUUCAGCUGAGAAGUGUUCCAAGCACAUCAUUAACUAUGGAGGCUGGUAGAAGUGUUGCAAGAACAUCAUCAAUUAUGGAGGCUGGUAGAAGUGUUGCAAGCAUAUCAGUAACUAUGGAAGCCGGUACUGAUAGACUGUAUGAUCGAAGGAUCACUAGAUAG